GCGUCACUGCACAACACAGUCUCCUAGCAUGUUUGCUGGACUCCCUACACCCGGAACAUGCGGGUCAUGAGGCCCCCAACCCUCCUCCUGCUCUGGGGGGCCCUGGCCCUAACCCAGACCUGGGCGGACCCCCACUCCCUGAGAUAUUUCUACACCGCCGCUUCCCGGCCGGGCCACCGAAGGCCCCGCUUCGUCAUCGUGGGCUACAUGGAUGACACGCAGUUCGAGCGGUUCGACAGCGACUCGGAGGGUCCGAGAGCGGAGCCGCGGGCGCCGUGGAUGGAAGAGGAGGAGCCGGGCUAUUGGGACCAGAGCACCAGGAACGCCAGGGACUCCGCACAGACUUUCCGACUGAACCUGCAAAACCUGCGCGACUACUACAACCAGAGCCUGGACGGGUCUCACACACUCCAGGGGAUGCGGGGCUGUGACAUGGGACCGGACGGCCGCCUCCUCCGCGGGUACCACCAGUACGCUUACGACGGAACAGACUACAUCGCCCUGAACGAGGACCUGCGCUCCUGGACCGCGGCCAACAUCGCUGCUCAGAUCACGCGCAAGUGGGAGGAGGCUGGUGAGACUGAGGAAAGGAGACUCUACCUGCAGGACGACUGCCUGGAGUUGCUCCACAGAGUCCUGGCCAUGGGGAAGGAGGUGCUGCAGCGCGCAGACCCUCCAAAGACACACGUGACCCACCACCCCAUCUCUGACCGUGAGGUCACCCUGAGGUGCUGGGCCCUGGGCUUCUACCCUGCGGACAUCAGCCUGAGCUGGCAGCGUGAUGGGGAGGAGCAGACCCAGGACAUGGAGCUGGUGGAGACCAGGCCUGCGGGGGAUGGGACCUUCCAGAAGUGGGCGGCCCUGGUGGUGCCCCGUGGAGAGGAGCAGAGAUACACGUGCCAUGUGCAGCACGAGGGGCUGCCCGAGCCCCUGACCCUGAGAUGGGAGCCGCCUCCUCAGGCCACCAUCCCCCCUGUGGGCCUGGUUGUGGGCCUGGUCAUCCUUGGAGCUGUGCUCACUGGAGCUGUGGUCACUGGAGCUGUGAUGUGGAGGAGGAAGCGCUCAGGUGGAAAAGGAGGGAGCUAUGCUCAGGCUGCCAGCAGCAAUAGUUCCCAGGGUUCUGAUGUAUCUCUCAUGGCUUCUAAAGCAUGAGGCGGGUUCCCUGUCUGGGACUGAAUGAGGGGAGAUUUAUUCACGCUGCCACUUUGUGAUUCAAGAUAAUCUGCUUUCUUUCUGCAAACACACACAUGGGAAUGUGUGUGUUCCUAUCAGCAUCCUGGGAGGAGGUGGGAGGUUGGUCCACCCUGCCCACCAUGCCCCUCCCCACACUUAAUUAUUACAGCAGAGGCAGGGUGUAACAUCUGUCUUUACUUCCUGUCUUUACUUCCUGAUGUGCUGGGCUGCAACUUCUUACUUCCUGAUUUGUGAAUGUUCCCCCAAGUCCUGCAUGUUUCAGGGUUCAGGAUCUGGAAGAGGGCCGCACACAAAUGAAAAAGACAAGACA